ACACACACUGAGCGCUGCAGGCUGCAUCCUUCCUCUCCAGCGGAGAGCUUUGCAAGGAGCUGCCGCGCUGCUGCACGACUCCUGCCGCCGCGGCUCCUCAUCGAUCCUUCGAUCGGAAAUAAUCCAUAGCCGCAUGGUGACGUCACGCCGCUGAUGGUCGGCGCUCGUAGCUGGGUGCAGCCUGGACGCCAGGAAUGCACGCCUGCGUUUAACCCUCCGCUCCGAGCACACGGGAUUAAGGAAUCGAUUGGACGAAACAAAGGCAAAAAGAAAUUUGAAUUGCAUGAUAAACGCGAGGACGUGCACGCGGCUGCUUGUUUGUUUGUGACGUCGGGGAAUGGAGUAGCUGUCACGGCCGCUUUGUAGGAGGAGGAUGGAUGCGGACUGAGCCAGCUGUGGCCUGCUUCUAACAGCAACAUCUGGCCGGGUCAGAGAGGUCACGUGCAGCAGCCAGCCAGAUCUGUGGACGUGGAAGAUAUGGAGGAAGGCGACGCAGAAGGGGAAGGGCCCAUGGUGGUCAAAGAAGGGCCAAGCCGUCAAGGCCUCCAGUCGGAGUCCAGCACCACAACCACCACCAACCUCUUGGCUUCUGUUAAAGAGCAGGAGCUCCAGUUUGAGCGACUGACCAGGGAGCUUGAGGAGGAGCGGCAGAUUGUGGCGAGUCAGCUGGAGAGGUGCAUGCUGGGAGCCGAGUCGCCAGCAGGAGACAGUAGCAGCUCUUCUGAGAAGUCGUAUGCAUGGCGAUCUGCAGGUGGAGGGUCCCAGGGUGUGGCUGCAGAGGUACCAGGUCACCACUUGGAGGUGGAGGAAGGACUCUACAUGCCUGAGGGGGACCGCGCCUCCCUCCAUGACAGUGAGGGUUCAGGAGGUCACUCAGCCCACAUGACCUCAUAUUCAGACAGCGGGUACCAAGACAGCAGCGUCAGUUAUUACAGCAACCAGAAUGUGGUGCGUUCAGAGCCAAGAGCCUCAAUAUCAAGAAGCCCCAGAGCAGAAGGUCAAGCCUCUGGGCAGGCAUCCAGUCGGAUGUUGAGGAGAAUGGCUUCCCUCCCCUCCAGGAGCCAGUCACCCGGCUGUGGCACCACCGGAACGGUCUCCCCGUCCCGCAUCUCUAUGCGAACGUCCCAAGGCAGUACGUAUGACUCGCCCAUCCUGUCUGAGCCCAAACCCCUUGCUGCCAUCUUCCCCGGCACCACCAUGCCGCCAUCCUGCCCAUCUCCAACCUCCCCCAGCGAUGCCACCCAGGCCCUGGGAAAUGGAGGAGGAAUUGCCGGCGGGGGGCGCCAGGGCUCAACCCUGUCCUUGAUUGAGGGGAGGGCUUUGACAGGGUGUCCUACGCUGCGUUCAGGGAUGACGGCGAUGCCUCAGCACUACGGCUCCACACUGCCCAGACAGAGUCAGUCAUUGGCCUACGGUGCUGAUCCAUACGGCCUGUACCAGAGGAGUGCCCUGCCACGCCCAGACAGCCUCAUAGGGCUGCACAGCUCAUACGCUGGUCACGGGACGCAGAUAGAUCCAGAGCUGAGGGCUGCCUUGUCGCCAGACUGCCAGAUGACGCCUGUUUUUGACGACCGCUCCUUCCAAAGCCCCCUGUACCACAGCCCCACCCAUGACCCCCAGGGCUCCCUCUACAGAGCAAACACAGGUAUGGGGACCCUUCCUCGGACCACAAGCCAUUGCGGCACGCUGCCGUACCAAAGAAGCAGCUACGGGCUGAGCUCAGCAGCUGCUUACGUCGACUCCAUCAGGGUGUCCACUGAGCCUGUAUACUCCCACAGGCACUCUGCUCUGGUGGACCGGGUCAUCACUCGCACGCCAUCUAUCGAAAGCAUCCAUAAGGACCCCAGGGAGUUUGCAUGGCGUGACCCUGAACUGCCAGAGGUCAUCCACAUGCUGCAGCAUCACUUCCCCUCCGUCCAGGCCAAUGCAGCCGCCUACCUGCAGCACCUGUGUUACGGAGACAACAGGGUCAAGGUGGAGGUUUGCCACCUGGGAGGGAUCCAACACCUGGUGGACCUGCUGGAUCAUAAAACACCUGAGGUCCAGAAGAGCGCCUGCGGAGCUCUGAGGAACCUGGUGUACAGCAAAGCCACCGACAACAACAAGGUGGCGCUGAGGAACUGCGGUGGUGUUCCUGCUCUGCUGCGCCUCCUCAGGAAAACAACCGACAACGAAGUUCGCGAGCUGGUCACCGGAGUCCUGUGGAACCUCUCCUCGUGUGAUGCGGCAAAGAUGACCAUCAUACGUGAUGCCCUGACCACGCUGACCAACACAGUCGUCAUCCCGCACUCUGGCUGGAGUACCGUUUCUCACCGCGACGAGCACAAAGUCAAGUUUCAGUCCUCCAUGCUGCUGCGCAACACCACCGGCUGUCUGAGGAACCUGAGCUCAGCAGGGGAGGAGGCGAGAAGUCAGCUGCGCUGCUGCGAAGGCCUGGUCGACUCGCUGCUGCACAUCCUGAAGGCCUGCGUCAACACCUCGGACUACGACAGCAAGAUUGUGGAGAAUAGCGUCUGCACCCUGAGGAACCUCUCGUACCGCCUGGAGGUGGAGAUGCCUUCCUCCCGUCUCCUCGGUAACCAGGAGCUGGACACCCUGCUGGGUUUCUCCUCCCCAGUGAAGGAGCUGGACUACCUAUGCUGGGGGAAGAGAAGGCGUGGCAGGAAGAGGAGUGGCUGGCCCGAGGGCAAGUGGGACGGUGUCGGGCCGAUCCCAGGUCUCUCCCAGUCUCUGAGGGGAGCGGAGCUGCUCUGGCACCCAAUGGUGGUGAAGCCAUACCUCAACCUGUUGGCUGAGAGCUCCAACCCGGCCACACUGGAGGGCGCCGCUGGCUCUCUGCAGAACCUCUCCGCUGGAAACUGGAAAUUUUCCGCCUACAUCCGAGCAGCUGUGCGCAAAGAGAAAGGUUUGCCCAUCCUGGUGGAGCUGCUGAGGAUGGACAAUGACCGGGUGGUGUGCUCCGUCGCCACAGCGCUCAGAAACAUGGCACUGGAUGGCCGCAACAAGGAGCUGAUAGGAAAGUACGCCAUGCGGGACCUGGUGAACCGGCUGCCCGGCGGCACCCCCUCUGUGCUGUCCGACGACACUGUAGCAUCGGUUUGCUGCACACUGCAUGAGGUCACCAGCCGGAACAUGGAGAACGCCAAAGCUCUGGCCGACAGUGGAGGCAUCGAGAAGCUGGUGGACAUCAGCAAAGGACGAGGGAAAGGGUACUCUAUGAAAGUAGUCAAGGCUGCCGCUCAGGUGUUGAAUACACUAUGGCAAUACAGAGAGCUAAGGAGUCUCUAUAAACAGGACGGAUGGAACUACACUCACUUUGUCACCCCAGUGUCCACCCUUGAACGAGACCGCUACCGUUCCCAGCCGACCCUGCCCACCAGCCCCCUGCAGAUGUCCCCUGUCAUUCAGUCAGGUGGCAGUGCAACAUCCUCACCUGCCAUGCUCGGGAUAAGAAGACACAGCUCAAACUACCAGAGGGCACAGUCAUCUAUGCAACUCGACACAUAUUAUGGAGACAGUUUACACAAACGGCAGUACACAGGGUCAGACAAAAAAACUCCCUAUUUUAUUGGGACAUACUCCUCCCAGUCAGGAGAGGAUAUAAGAAGAUCACAGCACCCAGAGCCAUUCUACGACGAACCCGACAGGAAAAACUACAACAGCUACAGAAUGUACCUGUCGUCGCCUCAAGGCUACGGCGAGGAGCGCUACGAAGACGAAGUGGUCCACCUGCCAUCCUCGCCUGACGGGUACGCCACCCAGUCGCUCCAAUUCAAAGCCAACACCAACUACGUGGACUUCUACUCCACCACGCGGAGGCCUUCAAACAGGGCGAACAAGUUCACCGGAUCCCCCGACUCCUGGGUGUAGGCACAAGAAAACUCACACAGUGUGCGUCUAGCUUUACCGUGCGUUUCUGUGGAUUUGUGUGCGUCGGGAGUGCACUGUACUGUUUGUUUGGGUGAAGAAUUGCGGAUGCAUGUGAAUAUGUGUUGAAAAUGGGCUGAAGGACCAGGAUUGAAUCGCUCUCGGCAGCUUUCAACUAAGUCAAACAGUAAGUAGAAAAAUUCAGUACUUGAUGAUUUUUCACUCCAAAGGUUGCUCACGACAAGUUGCAGCCGUUUUAAUAAUUAAAGCUAACAUACAUCUAUCUAUCUCAUUUCUGACACAUUUUCAGUUACAGUGCUGUGAAAAGUAUUUGUACCUUUAAGGAUUUCUUCUCUUGUUUUUUUAUUACACUUAAAUGUUUCGGAUCAUCAAACAGGUUUUGAUAUCAAAGAAAAAUAACCUAGAUAAAUACAAAAAGCAGUUUUCAAAUAAUGACUGUUUAUGCAGAAAAAAAGCUACUCAAAUCUACCUGGCUGUGUGCUCUAAACCUAAUAACUGGUUGUAUGUCUUUUCCAUUGCUGUGUAGGAAUGUUAUCCCACUCUUCUUUGCAGAAAUGUUUUUAUUCAGCCACAUUAGAGGGUUUUGGAGCAUGAUAGGCCUGUUGAAGAUCAUGCUACAGGACCUCAGCUUUGACUUGGCCACUGUUUUCGUUUUGUGCUAUUAAGCGGUAAACUUACUGGUGUGUUUUGGAUUGUCGUCCUGCUACACAACUCAGGUGCACUUGAUCUUAAGGUCUCGAACUAAUGGUGGGACAUUCUCCAUCAGGAUUAUGCUCAAGAACAGAAUUCAUAGUUUAAUUUACAGCAAGUCAUCCAGGUCCUAUAGCAGUAAAGCAGCCUCAGACCAUCACAAUACCACGGCGAUGUUUGGCUGUCAGUAUUUUCUUUUUAUGAAAUGUUGUGUUGGUUUUGCACCAGAUGUAGUCUAAAACUCUGCUCAGUCUCUCUUUCUUGUUAAUGAAUCAUGAACUCUGACUUUAACUGAGACAAGAGAGACCUUCAGUCUUAGAUGCUGUUCUGGGUUCCUUGGGGACAUCUGGGUGAAAUGUUGAUAACAUCUUGGGGUAAACUUAAUUGGCCAGCCACUCCUGGCACGGUUCACCUCUGUUUCAUGUUUUUUUGUUCAUCUGUGGAUAAUUACUGGGGAUUACUGGAAGUCCAAAAGCCUUACAAAUGGCUAUAUAACCCUUUCCAGACUGGUGGAUGUCAAUGACUUCUAUUACAUCUUUUUUGAUCACGGUUCGUGUUCCUUUUUGAGAUCUUUUAGCCUACUUCAUGCUGUCAGACAGGUUCCAUUAAGAUUAUUUCCUGAUUUUACAGGUCUGGCAGUCAUCAGACCUGGGUGUGGCUGGUGAGAAUGAACCAAUAAAUGUGGUUAAUCAGAGUUAUAUUCCAGAUUUUACAAUGGUGGCAGUAAUAAAUUCGUAAAGGGCCGGGAUUGUCUGGAUAGCUUUUUUUCUCUUUAAAUAAAAUCAUUAAUUGAAAACUUAUUUGUUCUCAGUUUUUGAAUCAAUAAAACCUUUUAACAGCUAUUUUCAUUUCUAGCUUCCUGUCCUAGCUAGUUGUACUGUAAUUCUAAACCUGUCUUUUACAUAAACAGUAACAAAAUCUUUUGUUGUAGUUCACUGUGGCAGGCUGCUGAACUUUACUGAAAUCAGUAAUAUUAUAGCCAAUAUAGACUGAUCUAUCCAGCAAAAAUUUUGAGAUAAAAAAAAGUUUCGCUAGAAAUAGGAAUGUUUAAUUAAACCCCUACAAAACCUCAACAUGUCCAAACAUGAGAAGGGUAAACCCAAAAUACAAGAAGCAAAAAAAGAAAUGGUUAAACAGCAUGCUCAGAUUUUUAGCUUCAUAUUCUACACAUAAUCCAUUAUAUUUGUAGUUUAUAAGUAAUGUUUUUUGUUUGUUUCAGCCUAGAUGAGGCCUUCUAGAUUCUCUAUGUGGCAAAUUUUGGGAGGAAGCUGAUGAGGGCAUCUCUAGUAAUGUCUUUCGGUGUGGCUUUUUUAGUUGCAGGAAUUUUUAUCGCCUUAUUUUUGUUUUAUACUUUACAAAAUGAGCUUUGUCAAGAGGUGCAUUUGGUAAGAAAAGGGAUAAGAAAAAACAGCUCUGAUGUCACUGUUUACUGGAGUGUUUGUUCAUGUUAACUGACUCAUUUUGCUCUGCAGUAAAAAUGUGAAGUGUGUUGGCUUUAUAACGUAGAUGUUGUCUGCCACUGUUAUCAUGGACACAAGAGAGAAAGAGCUUAUUGCAACUGGGGAAUCCUGGGAACAGCAGGGAUUUAUCCAAACAAGGAUAAAAGAUGCCGGAACAAAGAAAUCCGGGUUUGGAAACGCCAGUCGUCACUCUCUGGAACCUUUAAAGACUCAGAAACGGAGUUACGACUGUAACUCAUCACUUCAUGUUGGCCACAAGUGCAGUAACUAUAUCAUAAAGUUUGUGAAAUAUGUGCAAAAAAUAUGUGAAAAUCUAUUUGUACAGACCCACUGGAAUAAAUGUCCUGUUGCAUUGUUGUAUUCAAUAUGUAGAAAUUUAUAUGUGAUUGUGUGCUGAAGAUUUUUCUAUUAUUUAUUGAUUAUUUUUUAUUAAUUUACUUGUGAUCCGACCAAAAUACACCAUCUGUCUGUUCUGUCCAGAAAUGAUGACGAUGAUGUUACAGAGGGAAAAUAUAUGUAUAGAGAUUAAAGAUUAUAUCUUAACAGUC